AAGGAGGCAUCCAACUUGUCCGCAAAGAUCAUCUCUGAAGUCCAAGCUGUCCUCAAGACCGACAUCACUGCCAAGGUCGCUGCCACUCUCAAACAAUCUAUUGAAGCCUCGCUCAACAUCAAGCUCGAUAUUCUCGGUGGUUUGAUCAGAGUUGGCAAUGCCGAGAUCAACGCUGUUCAGAAGGCUGCUCUGAAGAAAUUGCAAGGCAAGAUUGAAGCCAAGAUCGAUGCUGCUUUAAAAUCCAAGGUCUUUGCUGGCGCCGAAGCUGAUCUCUCUCAAGUUUUGUCCACUGUCACCGGUUUGCUUCCCAGCGGUUUGCUCCCCGAGGAAGAGUUGCUCCCUAUCGUUGCCGAUGUGAUUGCCGACAUCAAGGCUGAUCUCAAGAUUGAAUUGCCCAAGGUCAUGGCUGACUUGGCUGCAGACAUUCAAGCUGAAGUCGAGGUUGAGAUCAAGGACCUUUCCGUCACUGUUCCUCUUAUCUUGUCUUUGCAGAUCGACGCCAAUCUUGAUAUCGAUGUCGAAAUUGACGUUGCCGUCAAGGCCGCCUUGUCUGCCUUGGCCAAGUUGGAUGUCGAUGCCGCUGCUCGCGUCGUCAUCAAGGAUUUG